AUGUCACAGUCGCGUGUCACCCUCCACCCUAUGUCACAGUCAGCGUGUCACCCUCACCCAUUAUGUCCACAGUCAGCGUGUCACCCUCCACCCUAUGUCACAGUCAGCGUGUCACCCUCCACCCUAUGUCACAGUCAGUCAGUGUCCACCCUCCACCCUAUGUCUCACAGUCAGCGUGUCACCCCCACCCUAGUGUCACAGUCAGCGUGUCACCCACAUGUCACAUCACGUGUCACCCUACCCUACUUCACAGUCAGCGUGUCACCCUCCACCCUAACAGUCAGUGCACCCCUCCAGUCACAGUCAGCGUGUCACCCUCCACCCGAUGUCACAGUCAGCGUGUCACCCUCCACCCUAUGUCUCAGUCAGCGUCAGUUUCAGCCUCCACCUAUCACCCAGUCAGCGUGUCACCCUCACCUAUGCACGCGGCGUGUCACCCUCCACCCGUCAGUCACCAUAUGUCACAGUCAGCGUGUUCACCCUCCACACAGUCAGCGUGUCACCCUCCACCCUAAUGUCACAGUCGUGUCACCAAUGUCAUCCUCGCACCACUAUGUCAUCAGUCAGCGUGUCACCCUCCACCCUAGUGUCACAGUCAAGCGGUGUCACCCUCCACCCCUAGGCACAUCAGGCGUUGUCACCCUUCACCCUAUGUCACGCUCAGUCCGUGUCCACCCAUGCCACCCAGAAGCGGCUGCAUGUCAUGAAGUUUGUCCAUCAGUAUGA